AUGAUAUGUUUGUGGAAUUAUGUGAAUUCAGUUCUUCGUACACCAGUCACCCCGGAUGCUAUUUGGAAAAAGCUGAAAACACUAUACAAUAUGGAAGAACUGCAUGAUUCUGAAGUCGAUUCUUUUCAAGUUUCCCGAGUUAAUCACGGAAGCGAUACAGCUACACUCAAAUCUUCAGUUCUAGAUACUUCUAAUCAAAAACGAACAAGAAAGUCGGUACGCUGGGCUGACAUUCUUGUAACUUCAUAUGAUUUGGUUCAAACACCGACCACUUCAGCAGUCACUACCGAUGCAGGUGUUGGCAGUUCUUCACGUAAAAGGCGGCGCUGA